AUGGCAAAAGUUCAGUUGUGUAAUAUCACAGUGAUGGACAAUCCCAGUCAAUUCCUCAAUCCAUUUCAAUUCGAAAUAACCUUUGAAUGUAUAGAGGAGCUCAAAGAAGAUCUUGAAUGGAAGAUGAUAUAUGUGGGAUCUGCAGAAAGUGAAGAACAUGAUCAAGUACUGGAUUCAGUAUUCGUAGGCCCCAUUCCCGAAGGAAAACACAUGUUUGUUUUUCAGGCUGACCCUCCAAAUGUAUCCCGCAUUCCAGAGAAUGAUGCAAUUGGAGUGACAGUAGUAUUGCUAACCUGUUCAUAUAAAAGCCAAGAAUUCAUUAGAGUAGGAUAUUUCAUCAAUAAUGAAUAUGAUGAUCCUGAACUGAAAGAAAAUCUCCCAAGUCCUCCUCAGUUUGACAAAGUGAUUAGGAAUAUAUUGGCAUCUGAACCUAGAGUAACCAGAUUCAAGAUAAAUUGGGAGGAAACCAACGCCCAAGAAAACGUGCCAAAUCUAGACCAGAACGGAGCUGGACCUUCGACUAGUGUAGAAAAUGAAACCAACCCUCCUGCCGAACUACCCGCAUUCAAUGAAAAUUCGAAUUCUUGGGCAACCAUGGAGUGCACGUAA